AUGCUUAAAGAAGCCCGACAAAUGAGAAUCCCAAUAAUCUUCGGUAUUAGGGCGAAAUACGCGGCGUCCCGCAUCACUGUGCUCAGUGCAGCCCGGCAAGUGGUAAUAGCAAUAAAGCUCCGACUAGGAGGGGUAGCCACGGUAACCUGCUCCACUAUGCUUAAAGCUGCCCGGCAAACGGGAAUCGCGAUGAACCCCGGAGUUGGAGAGGUAGCCACGGUGACCUGCUCCGCUAUGCAUAAAGAUGCUCGGCAAAUGGGACUCGCAAUGAUUUCCGGAGUUGGACGGGUAGCCACGGUGACCGGCUCCACUAUGCUUAAAGAAGCCCGACAAAUGAGAAUCCCAAUAAUCCUCGGUAUUAGGGCGAAAUACGCGGCGUCCCGCAUCACUGUGCUCAGUGCAGCCCGGCAAGUGGUAAUAGCAAUAAAGCUCAGACUAGGAGGGGUAGCCACGGUAACCUGCUCCACUAUGCUUAAAGCUGCCCGGCAAACGGGAAUCGCGAUGAACCCCGGAGUUGGAGAGGUAGCCACGGUGACCUGCUCCGCUAUGCAUAAAGAUGCCCGGCAAACGGGAAUCGCGAUGAACCCCGGAGUUGGAGAGGUAGCCACGGUGACCUGCUCAAUUAUGCCUAAAGAAGCCCGACAAAUGAGAAUCCUAAUAAUUCUCGGUAUUAGGGCGAAAUACGCGGCGUCCCGCAUCACUCUGCUCAGUGCAGCCCGGCAAAUGGGAAUCGUAAUAAACCUCGCAGUUGGAGAGGUAGCCACGGUGACCUGCUCCAUUAUGCUUAAAGAAGCCCGGCAUAUGGGAAUCGUAAUAAACCUCGCAGUUGGACAGGUAGCCACGGUGACCUGCUCAAAUAUGCUUAAAGAAGCCCGACAAAUAGGAAUCGUAAUGACCUCGGUAUUUGGGCGAAAUCCGCGGCGUCCCGCAUCACUGUGCUCAGUGCAGCCCGGCAAAUUGGAAUCGCCAUGA